AACAUUGGUUUCAGAUCUUCCUCCAUUGCUAUCAAACUCAACACGAAACCAAUUCAGAUUCAAAUAGGGAAAGUUUCUAUACUUGCAUGUAACCAUACAUCAUCACUGUAUUCAGAGAGAGAGAGAGAGAGAGAGAGAGAGAUGGGGACAUUCACGGCACUGGCGCCGGGCUUAUCACGGAAGCUGAAGAAGGUGUUGGAGACGCGUACGGACAUCCCCGAUCUACUCGCCUCCCUCAAUACCCUCUCCAGUUUCUAUACGGACAAUACCCCUCAUUCCCGCCGUAAUCUCCGAUCUACCGUUGAAAAGCGCGCCCUCUCUAUCAAUGAAGAGUUCCUUCUCGCGUCCGCUACCGCCCAACAGCGUGCUGGUUUGGAGCUUAUGGAUAUGAUGGCUGUUUACCAAGAAGGGGCUUAUGAGCGCCUAUGCAGAUGGGUUCAAACAGAGUGUAGAAGACUUGGGGAUGUUGAUAAUCCUGAAGUUGGUGAGCUCCUCAAAACAGCUGUCCGAUGUCUCAAAGAAAGACCUGUACUUUUCAAGUAUUGCGCUGAAGAGGUAGCCAAUAUGAGGCAUAAUGCGUUGUUCAGAAGAUUUAUUAGUGCCCUCACACGCGGAGGACCAGGUGGACUACCCAGGCCGAUUGAAGUUCAUGCUCACGAUCCUUUAAGAUAUGUAGGUGACAUGCUGGGAUGGCUGCAUCAGGCGUUGGCAUCUGAAAAGGAAUUUGUUGUUGCACUGCUCAAUCCUGAUGCAGUGGCAGAUGCUGGAAGAAAUGCUGACCAAACCUCUAAAAUCGGGGAGAGUGAUGUAGCAAAGACAGAAUCAGAUUUGACAUUUGUUCUAGACAGGAUCUUUGAAGGAGUUUGUCGGCCAUUUAAAGUGAGAGUGGAACAAGUUUUGCAGUCUCAGCCUAAUCUUAUUAUUUCUUAUAAACUUAGUAAUACACUGGAGUUUUACUGCUACACCGUGUCAGAUUUGCUAGGAAGAGAAACAGCUCUCUUUAACACAAUUUGGGCCCUCAAGGAUGCUACUCAGAAAACCUUUUUUGACAUUUUAAAAACCCGAGGAGAGAAGCUUUUACGAUAUCCUCCUUUUGUUGCCAUUGAUCUUUCUCCACCCCCAGCAGUAAGAGAAGGAGUCUCUUUGCUGCUUGAAAUAAUUGAAACAUACGACAGAAUGAUGGUUCCUGCAUCAGGCAAGAAACCUGCCUUUGAGCCAGUCAUAUCUGCUUUGCUAGAUCCUAUUAUUCAGAUAUGCGAGCAAGCAGCAGAGACAUACAGGUCCAAGGGAGUUAUACAGUCGUCAAGGAGAAGUAGAUUAAUUUCUGACGCAGGCCAAGUCCGUAAAUCAUCUGUAGAUGCUAUUUUAGAAAAUAGCACUUCUGUUCCUUCAUCUCAGACCAGUGAAACCCCUUCGAAGAUUUUCCUGAUCAACUGCUUAUGUGCCAUCCGACAACCUUUGUUAGGACAUGAGGUUGCAUCUGAAUAUGUGAAGAAGCUCGGAGUAAUGAUAGACAGUCACAUGCAUGGUCUUGUCGAAAAAGAAGUCGAAGCCAUUUUGCGAAGGUGUGGCUUGUCAAACAAGAUGCCCCACUGCCGUAAUUCACCAGACAGUGAUGUAUCAGGCAACGAUAUUGCUGGGCCCGCAUUGGCAGACACCGAAGAUAUGUCUCCCGCUGCUCUUUCAGAAUGUUUAAAGGCCUUUUUUGGGCUCAUUUUGGGAAGUGAAAGUACCCUGCCUGAGUUUGAGCAAAUGCAGGUACCUAGUCUUCGGUCAGAAGCUUGUGUUCAGGUUGCUAGAUCACUGGCUGAUGCAUAUGAGCUUAUUUACGAGGCAAUCAUGGAUCCCAGGAAUCACUAUCCCGAUCCCAAGUCGCUGGCAAGACAUCCUCCUGAUCAGAUAAGAACCAUUUUGGGAAUUUGAUUACUUCUUUUUGUUACUCUUAAGUAUGAAAAGCCAAAGGGCUUUAAUUUGACCCCAUCCAUUCCGCUGGGUUGGUGUAACGCCCCCAAAAAUUUUAUCGAUUUAAAUUUUGAGGUGUUACCGAUAUCA